UAUAAAAAUGAAAUUCAAAUGAAAUUAGAUACAAACGACUGUCGACGUUUACCUUUUUCAACAUCUACAUCAGUCCUGAACUUGUGCUAGAAUGGCUCGUUACCACAUUUCACUCCUGGUGCUGUUUUGCGUUAUCAGUUUAUUUGACCAUGGGUCAACUACUCCCGUUGCAGAACCACACAACGAUGCCCCGCUCAUGCCGAUUAUUGGUCACCGCACAGCUUCACUGAAGGCCGAAUUCGAUUUGACAUCACUAAAUGCUCAGCUAAAAAAGAACGUCUACCAUAUCAUUGAAAAGGAGUUUCACGCUGCUCAAAACAACACGCACGAAAUUGAAGACCUGCAUUGUGAAAUUAAACAGCUACACAAAGAAGUUGAUUACUUAAAAUCUCACCACGUGGCCUUUUCUGCUGAACUGACCCAUCCUAUUGAAAACAUGGUCGCUGACGAAGUAGUUCAUUUUGAUAAAGUCAGAGUAAACUCUGGAGGUUGUUACUGUGCUGAUACUGGAAAAUUUGUAGCAGAAGAAGAAGGCUUCUUUUAUUUCAGUGUCACAAUAUGCACCAAGAAGGACUCCGUUAUCGAAAUGGCACUACACGUUGAGGACCACAAGGAAAUGAUUAUUCACGCAGACGCAGAGCAUCUAGAAUUGGGCUGCGCAUCAAAUAAUGAAAUUGUCCAUCUUCAGAAGGGAGAUCAUGUUGAAGUAAUUAGACAUGGGUCUGACGGGCAUCCUCCAUUCUAUGUCCAUACUAUGAGCACAUUCACUGGUUUCAUGCUUCAUUAAAUUCGCGCAACGGAAUUGAUACGGCCAUGUAUUUUCCAUUGUGACUUAAUUCCACUAUAUUUACUUUCAUUUCAUUUUGACAAAAAGGAUUUGCAACAAUACAGUGCUUUGAGCAAAUAAGGACCAUUCAUAUCAUAAAAACUUUUUUUAAAUUAUCAUAAAAUUUUACAUCUGUAAACAGUUUCUAUAUUAAUAAAAAAAAGAAAAA